CCCCCCUCGUCUCCAUCCACGCCCCGGGCAACGAAGUCAUGAUCCCCUACGGCACAAACCUCUACGCCAUGCCGCCGGGCCCGUUCCCAUACUCACACUCACGCUCACGCUCACGCUCGCACUCGCACCACCGCGGCGAGCACCAAUACCCCGAGCACUACAACCCAAGAACAAACGCAGGCCUCUUUCGCGGCGGUGGAGGCGCGAAAGUGUUCUCCCGCGUCAACACGGGACGCGAUACACGCCCGCUCCGCCACGGCCGCGAAACACCCGAUCUGCGUGUCUACGAAUACGCCGACGAGAGCGAGAGCACGCAGCUCGGCGAGAUGGAGGGGCAGCGGCGGCGCGCGCGGGUGGGGAUGAGAGGCGGGCAGGCACGGGGCGGGGAAGAGCGGCGAAGCGGGGGAGACAACACGGGGGCGCCGCCGGGCUACGUGUCGCGGGAGUCUGUGGGCGGGUUCCCGUACGCAGCGGCGCCGCUGAGCAGGUCCGCGUCCGAGGCGCGGCCAGACACGCCGCGGCGCGUUCCGCACGCCAUACAGGCCGCGCUCGACGCAGCGCUGCAGCAGCACGCCCGCGGCGACGGUGCGCGGACGCGCUCAAAGACCGCGCCCGCGGCGUCCGGGACGGAGAGGCACGGCGGCUGGGGCGAGGGCAUCGACACGUGCAUCUGCACGACGAACUGCCGGUGCCGCAAGGGCGAGCGCGGGACGAAAUGGUACAAGGGCGUUGCCAACAUCGGCGGUGCGCAGGUGCCGGUGCGGGCGAAGCUGAACACGCGGUAUGUACUGGCCGACGACAUCGGGAAGGACUGCGGCGACCACGCUGCGUGCCGGACGAGCGGGGGCGCGGGUGCGAGUGCGAGUGCGAGUGCGAGCUCGGGGUGCAGCAGCGACGCGUCCUCGCAGCCGCGGAAGCGGGACCGCAGGCACGGGAAGAAAUUGCGGACGAGCGAGAAGAUGAAGAGGCUGGAGGCCAGGAUGAACGAGAUGAUGCGGACGCAAGGGCCUCGCUAUCCACCACCGUCGUUCCCUGGACACAUGGGCGCCCUGGACCCGGACACGCUGGAGCGCAUGCACAUGCUGGACACGCGCCGAUCGCCGUACAACACAGGCGGAAUGCGCACCACGAUGCCAGCGCAAGGCAUGUUCGACUCGCUGACCACGCGUCCCCGACGGGGCCCGCGCAUGCCGCCGCAGCCUGGAAUGCGGAUGCCGCGCGGGGACGACGGGUUCUUCGUGCGCGGCGACGGGGACGCGGGAGCGGGCAGCACGGGGACUCUAUUUGGCCGGGCGGCGCGCAAGGGUGAGCACAAGGCGUCGAUGCUUGCGAGAGGGCGGGCGAGGUUUGACCCUCAAGGAGGCCCUGUUGAAUCCGAUAGUGAGCCGAGUGGUCCGCGGCAUCGCAGUUUCGGCAAGGGACGUCAUAAGAGAAGUCAUCCUCGCUUCGAGCUUGACGAGAGUGAUGUAAGUCCUGAUCCGAGGAGGCCGCCUCGCAUGAAGGGUUUUGGUCACAGUGACGGUCGGCCUACGAUGUUCGCUUUGCCUAGUAAGCCAUGCCUUGUUAGUGCGAUGAGAGUUCAUGUGGCUGAACCUCUGCCAGGAAGCGAUAGUGGGGACAGCGACGUCGGUGCAUCACCCCAGAGGCGACGACCCUGGCUCAGUCCACCCGGAGGUGGGGUGCGGAGACGGGCUGCGGGGAAGCAGGCGCGCGUUGAAACAGACGAGGAUUCUUGAAGACCCACAUCUAUUGUAAUUCUGAGGUGUAGUGCUAGUCCUUGAUUCAUGAGAAACGCA